AUGGUGUCCAGUACAGCAGAUGUCCCACCUCGUGGCGCCGCCACACCAGAGAACGAAUACCGUGAGGCGACUCUGAAGCAAGACGUGGUGCUCGAAACGGACGAAAAACACCCUUCUCCGCUGAAGCUCACCUUUGAAGAGAUCAUUGGCGAUAACAGACCUAAUCCACGGGGUUUCGGUUAUCUCAAGCUUUAUGCGUUUUGUUCUUUGAUCUUCUUGUGUUCCACCAUGAAUGGAUUCGAUACCUCCUUAAUGGGCUCAAUUAAUGCCUUACCGAACUACACGAAGUACUACAAUCUUCCUACCAAGGGCAACGCAAGCACGGGCAUAGUCUUUGCCAUCUUUCAAGUUGGCCAGAUGGCUGGUGCUCUUUUCAUCUGGAUGACAGACUGGCGUGGCCGCCGACAACACAUAUUCUUGGGUUGCCUAGGUGUAGUUGUUGGUACUAUCGUAACCGCUACUGCAAAGACCUUGCCAGUUUUCAUCGGCGGGAGGUUUUUAUUGUCGUUCUUCGCAACUUGGGCCCAUACGGCAUCGCCGCUGUACCUAGUUGAGAUGUCUCCGCCACUGUAUCGAGGCUCGGUUGCUGGCUUGUACAACACUCUCUACUACUUCGGAUCCAUUAUCGCUACAUCCGCAGUUUACGGCGCGCAUUUGCACCUCAAAGACAAUGGCAACCUAGAUUGGCGUCUUCCCUUGUGGUUGCAGAUGGUAUGCCCGGCAUGUGUCUGCAUCGGAGUCUGGUUCCUCCCCGAAUCGCCUCGCUGGCUGAUUGCCAAAGACCGAAACGAGCAAGCGAGAGCCAUCAUCGUCAAGUAUCACGCCAACGGCGAUGCCAGCCAUCCUAUUGUUGACCUAGAGAUGUUCGAGAUGACCGAGUCGCUGCGCAACGAAGGCAUCACUCACUGGCGCAACUUCUUUGACCUUAGCGUGCUCACAAAGACACGCUCCCGACGGUAUAGGCUGAUGUUGAACAUUGCCUUCAGUUGGUUUGGCCAAUUCUCGGGCAACAACGUUAUUUCGUAUUAUCUGCCCACCAUGCUCACGAAUGUCGGCAUCAAGGACACAAAUAUGAAGCUACUGCUCAACAUCAUAUAUGCAUUGACGGGAUGGAUUGCGGCAACCCUUGGUUCCCAAUUCCAUGAUAUUGUCGGCCGUCGAAAAAUGUUCCUAGGAUCCACAGCCGGGUUGGUCAUCUGCUUGUCCAUCAUGGCUGGUACUUCGUCGAGUUUCGUCAAUACCCAAAACCAAACAAGCGCGUCGGCUAGCAUUGCGUUCAUCUUCAUUUUCGGCGUCAUCUUCGCGUUUGCGUUCACCAGCAUGCAACCGAUCUAUCCGGCGGAGGUUAUGAGCAACGACAUGCGUGCCAAGGGCAUGGGCGUGUUCAAGUUGACCGCUGGAACGGCUGGAUUCGUCAACACCUUCGCAGCUCCUGUGGCAUUGAGCAACAUUGGAUACUGGUUUUACGUUUUCUUCGCGGGUUGGGACGUCCUAGAAUUCGCCUUUGUUUACUUCUUCUUCGUUGAAACAAAGGGAAGGACUUUGGAAGAGCUUGACGCCGUGUUUGAAGCGAAGAAUCCACGGAAGGCGAGCACCCAAACUAGGGCUCUGCUAUCAGAGGAAGACGCCAACUGAAUGGCACCAGAACGAGUGAGAGUAAACGGAAGGGAGAUUUAUGGCACAAGCUACAAUGCCUCGUCAUAGAAAUCCGUACACUCGGUUACCGCUGCAUGAGGAGCCUCAUAGUAUUUUCAGCAUUCCAAGUGAGAAAGAAACUCGGCGUUUUGGACCAAUGGUAAACUCGCGAGGCUACCCCAGACAGCGUCGUCAGGGUGUUCGCAGAUUGGAAUAUUCUAUCCGCUGCCCUCGGUUUCUAUAGACAGUGACAGGAAAGUGUACGGAUAUCUAUGGCAAGGCACUGUAGUUGUUCAGCUUCGAGCUGUUAAAAUUCUCUAGCAUCUUCGACGGAGACAAGAGAUAGGAAACACAAGUCUGUAAAAGUUUGAAUGAGUCAAAAAAGUUUAAAAGCG